AUGACUCGACGUGACGAAGAGAGUUCUGUUCCUCCUCCUCCUCCUCCUCCUCCUCGUGUUGGAGUGGAAUCUGUUCCUCCUCCUCGUGUUGGAGUGGAAUCAGUUCCUCCUCCGCCUCCGCCUCCUCCUCCUCCUCCUCCUCCUCCUGAUGAUGUUCUGGUUCGUCCACCUCUUCUUCCAGUGAGCACAACCAGCAUGCUCGCUGCUGAGACAACCCUCGUGUUGGAACGUAUGGAACGAGAAGAGACUCUGACGGCUCGCGAAGAAUUUGACUUGCUCCUGAAUUCUCUACCCGUGUCGGAGGAGGUGAGACGUUUGAUGGAUCAAGCCGAUGGUUUGAUACGAGGAGUCGGUGCCUUUUGUUUCAACAUGUCGUUGCACAAUUUGUUGGCGAAUCGAGAGAGAGAGAGUGGUCGAGUGCGUCCUCCUGCUCCCAAUUUGGGCUACUUGGUCUAUGCUCUCUUUUGUUACUUGCGGGAGAACAAUAUUCGAGGUGUCUUGUCUCAAUUCCGAGAGAAUAUGCUUUUCAAUGUCGAUUCCUUGUUGCGUGUGGUCGAAUCGAGUCGUCGUUCUCAUGCCACUCAUCAACCCGAUCGAGCAGUGGUCGAAACUGAGACACGUCCACCAACGUCACUUGUUAUUCCUCACUCGGAGUCUCACUUACAGUGUCGUGAGUCGCGUGUGUCGAGUCGAAGUGGUACUCGUGCUGACACGGAGUGA